AUGAACCCAGAUAUCUUCACCGACUUCUCAACCUAUUGCUCAGAUCUGGGCUCCGUGACUAACUUCCACUACGACCAGAGCCCUGGAUUUCUUCAGAUGUGUUCGGGACGCAAGAAGGUGCUGAUCGUCCAUCCACGCUAUUCUGAGUACAUGCGUUCUCCAGUCGACGAGAGGCGAUCUUGGAUUACGACGGAAACGCAGGCUGUCACUGUUCCGCACUGGAACAUUAUGUUGCUUCCUGGUGAUUGUCUCUACAUUCCAGCUGGGUACUGGCACCAGGUAACAUCGCUUGACUCACCUACAUUGGGGACGGUCGACUCCAUGUUGCAAUGGUUUGGUGUGAAGCGCUGCGCAGAUCUGUCCUGGUGUCGAGCACCAUGUGGGUCUCGUGCGCGCAAGUCGGAACCAUGUUGUUCCACGGAUUGCUGCUUGACAUGGGUUGGUCUGAGCAAGCUUUUUGACGAGCCCUCACGGACGGCUGCAAGCCUUCGUGCAACUCGUGAGAAAUGCGUGCGCCUCCAGAGGGAAGCCGUCGCCAAGGCAGAUAUCUCGGCUCCGCAAGAGAGUCUGCGUGCAGCUGUUCGACACCUGGCGGCUGUGGAGAGGUGGCUCCAGCCAAAGCGCAGCACAUCUUCAAGCAAUCUGCGGCAGUGCGAGCCAGAAGAGCUUGCCGCGGAGCUUGGCCUCACGUCACUUGCAGGAGGCGAAGACUUGGAAGACUUCGUGGAGCACUUUGCCACGGCAGUUGGAACAGGUGAGUUGCUAGUUGCUGCCAUUCCCUGCCUUCUGCAGUCCAAGACUUUUCGUCAUCCGGGCACCUUCUACAUCAGUUCAGAGCGACUGUGCUUUCGCUCUUCCGUCUUAGGUAUGGAAGCCCGCUUGGCGAUUUCCUGGUCUAUGGUGGAAUGGGCCCGGCUUAUUACGAGCGAGACGAACUCCAUGCAUCCCGUGCGCAUUCGUCUCAAGCAAUCUGCCGAAGUUGAUGGUAGCAUGGUCGAUAGCUUCGACCUCCGGAUCUUUGAUGUUGGAGCCUUGGCGCACAUGCACAGCUGUGCCACCUAUUUCAUUGGAACAGGACUCUUCGACAUCGUGCCGUCCGACGAUCGUCGUAGCCUGUCUAUCCUUUGUCCAUCUCCAUUGGGUGAUGGUAGCGGAGUUGGCGAGACCUUAGCGGCUGGACCACGUGCACGUGCACCCACGCUGACAGCUGAAGCCAUAGUUGCAGACCUGGAGCAGCUAAGUUUGGUUUGGGAGCUGCAAAGGCGAACGACAAUCUGGCACAGCGACUGGCGAGCCCCCUUCCUUCCGCACGAUUACCAAAAAGCCAUCAAGUGGAUGUCGAUCCAAGAUCAUUACCUGCCACACCCCUUCAUUCCCGACAACAUUGAUGUCGAUGAGGCAGCUGAGAGCGAAGAACCUCCAAUCGAAGAGGUCCAGUUCCUGGGCAGGAAGCGUGCUUGCAAAUGGGAUGUCGUGGUGGACGAAAGCACAGAUUCUGAAGGAUGGCAAUAUGCCAUUGACUUCUAUUUGGAGCCGAACAAGUGGAGCAACAGCCUCCGAGGCUUUUCACAUGUUCGCCGCAGGAGAUGGCAGCCUACAUUCGCAGGAGAAGUGCCCGUGCAGGAAGCAAGUACACGAAGGUCUGUGUCGUUUGAGAGACACCACUCGACGCUGAUGGCCGAGAAGGGGGUUUCGCCGCCGCAGCAAAUUCUGGUGGCUGACCUAGGGAGCAUUUCGCUCCAAUCAAUCCGGGAUGAUUUGGAAAGCAAUGAUUGGGAAGCAGAGCACAACCUGAUGUCCAUGCACUUUCAAGAUCUUAAGAUGCAUAGCAUCGAGCUUGGGCCGUUUGUGAGCGGCACCUCUUCGGGUUCCAAAGUGCUGGGCAAGCUCCGCUCGAUGUCCAUGCGUGUUCCAGUUCCUCCGGCACCAAUGUGUCCGAAAGAGUCCCGCUGCGCAUGCACUUGGCAUGUUGUGUGCGAGGAUGACAAGUGCCUGCUUGAAAGCGUAAUCAUGUCCCUCGACGUGCCAUAUGGAACGUGCUUCAAUGUCAUCAAGUGCGAUACAUUCAGCAGAGAUGAGAAAAGCGGUAACACCAUGUUGGAGCGCAAGUUCUCUUUGGAGUGGGUUAAGGGAUGCUGGAUAAAGUCCCUGGUGGAAGCGAGUGUUCCCAAGGAGGUCAAGGCAGAUGGCGAGCAGUGGGCAGAGCUCAUCAAGAAGUGGGACAGCGAGCUGGCUCCAUGGCUCGCAGAGAAUUGCCGAAGAUUUUUCUGCGUGGCUGCCUCGCGCCGCGACUGUGAGGGCAGAAGCAUGGCGCCUGCUGGGAGCAGCUCAGAACGCGGUUCCAGCUCAAGCAGAUCGUCGGACGAGGACCAGCCUAUGGUUUCAGUCAUACGCGCUGAACUGGUCCGCGGGCACCGCCCUGUCGUUGUCUCCGAGGUACCUGUUUACAUCGGCCUGAAGGACAGGGAUGGGCGGCAAUUUGAGGACAAGGGAACUUGCCCUUACGUGAACUAUCGCUGGCUUCGAGGCCCAGUUGUGAGGCCGUGUUUCUACCAUCCGCACAAGCAAUCCCUUAUCAGGGACGUCGCAAAGACGCGCUUGUGCUACUGCUCGAAGGAAUGCUUUCUCAAAGGAUGGAGCAGCAUCCCACCUGAGAAGUAUGGAGAUGCUGACGAGGAUGCGAAGCAGGAGCCUGUUGCGGAAUGGGUAGAAGUGGCGAACACGCGCUCCUACUGCCCUCAAAAGGAGGACAUUGAUCGGCCGCUGCGCUUGGAGAUCAUUCCCAAUCGCAAGGACGGAAGUGUUGCAGAAGCCAGCAAGAUGGUCAUCACAACGGGCACGGUCAUUCCAACCCCGAAGGAGGUACGUGUGCGACGAAUGGUCACCAACGGCAAGCACCUGAAUGCAGAAUGGCUGAACAAGCAGUUCAAAGUCAUGAACUGGAAUGUGCUUGCAGACCUGUAUGCCACUGAAUCCGUUUAUCCAUAUUGCGAGAAGUGGGCAUUAUCGUGGAACUGGAGGAAGCACCUUAUCAUGAAGGAGCUGAAAGCGCACGCGGCUGACAUCAUCACUCUCCAGGAGGUGCAGAAGGAUGCAUUUGACGACUGGUUCAGGCCUGGGCUGCAAGAAGCUGGCUACGAAGGUGUCUUUCAACAGAAGAAGCGGGACCCAAUCUUCCACCGAGGGAAGUACACGGCGGAAGGCUGUGCUACAUUCUACAAGCCAACACGCUUCCGCCGCCUUGACAAGCAGGUGAUUGACUACGAUCGCAUGUCCCAGCAGGAACUGGCGAGGCAUUUCGGCCGAGAAGAUGCUUCCAACAUGCAAAGGCUGUCCAAAGGAAACAUUGCCCUCGCACUGUUGCUGGAGGACCAGCACAUUAAGGCUGAUCCGGCAAGUAGCCAGGCCGGGCCGAACGGCGGUCACAGCCUGGUAGUUGUGAACACCCACAUUUUGUGCGACCCCAGCGCUUCGGAUGUGAAGCUAUGGCAGACGCACUUGCUGCUCCAAAACCUGAAGCAGACGCGAUGGGAUCACAUGCCUCUCCUCCUAGCUGGAGAUUUUAACUCCACUCCAGAAUCUGCAGUCUACCAGUUUCUGCGAGAGGGUCAAGUGAUGCAAGAGCAUGAGGAUCUGAAGCAUGAUCCUUGCGGGCUCCUAGGUCGGCUGAGAGAUCAUAUGCAACACAACCUGCAGUUGGCCACAGCAUAUCAAACCUGCAAUGGUCAGGAAGCACUCUACACCAAUUACACUGAGGACUUCAAGGGUGCACUGGACUAUGUUUGGUUCUCCCAUCAGGCACUGUCGGUGCUGGCGGUGACGCAGGUAGACGACGAGCAGAGCUUGAAAGAGGAAACAGCCCUACCAUCCAGUAAUCGUCCAUCGGACCACGUUUCCCUGGUCGCAACUUUCAUGUUCCAUGACAUCGUCCCUCACCACGAGCGCAAGGUGCGGCAACAUGCCAUGAACGAUGUUCACGCGUACCACAUGAGCCUUGCAGGACAAGGACCUUGGGGCGACUACGGCAUGUGA